AUGAAGAGAUUUUGUUCCAAAGUUUCUUUUCUUUUGUUUGUUGCUCUUAUUUUGACAAGUUGUUUGCACUCUACAGCUCAGAGUUGCCGUCCAAGCGGUAGAAUUGAAGGAAAGAAUGCUCCUGCGGGACAAUGUAAUCAAGAGAAUGAUUCUGAUUGUUGCGUGCAAGGAAAAAUGUACACAACUUAUGAAUGUUCUCCCUCGGUGUCGACUUACACAAAAGCAUAUCUUACUCUUAAUAGUUUCCAAAAUGGUGGAGAUGGAGGUGGCCCUUCAGAAUGUGAUAAUCAAUACCAUUCUGAUGACACUCCUGUUGUUGCGCUUUCCACCGGAUGGUUCAACCACGAGAGCAGGUGCCUCAAAAACAUUACUAUAAGUGCCAAUGGAAAAAGUGUGGUGGCCAUGGUUGUAGAUGAGUGUGACUCCACAAAGGGAUGCGAUAAAGAUCAUGAUUACCAACCUCCAUGUCCAAACAACAUUGUUGAUGCAUCCAAGGCUGUGUGGGAAGCUUUAGGUGUGCCUAAAGAACAAUGGGGUGGCCUUGACAUCACAUGGUCAGAUGCUUGA